AAACCAACUAAUUAUUUUCGAAGGGAGUAAUACUUUUUAUGCUCCCUUGGGAAUUAAUAAUCUAAAAAAAAAUCCAAGGGCUCAAAAAAAAUCCAAGGCUCCAAAAUAAUCCAAAAAAAAUUCAAUUGCCUGAUUCAAUUGAGUUUUUUUUGGAAAUUAAUAAUCCAAGGCUCCAAGCUGACAAGCCGCACACGGUUACUGCUCUCAUAAGCAAUCUGUAAGGCUCUCUCUCGUCGUCGUCCUCCCGAUGUUGAAUUGAGUCGUCGGCGGUUGGAUCAUUCGGAAGUCGUCGAAGCUGACUAAUUGAUCUGAUUCACUUGCCUGUUGUCUCAGGGUUAAAUAUUCAAGUCAAUUUAUCCGAAAAGUUAUAAGCCACGAUGUUUACGAGAAUCUUCGGGAAACCUAAACAGGAAACAAAUGCGCUUACCACUCUAGACAAAUUAAACGAGACACUUGACAUGUUAGAGAAAAAGGAGAAGGUUCUACAGAAGAAAGCUUUAGCUGAAGUUGAGAAGGCCAAGGACUUCACUAAAGCUAAAAACAGAAGGGCUGCGAUUCAAUGUCUUAAGAGGAAAAGGCUUUAUGAACAACAAAUUGAACAACUUGGGAACUUCCAAUUGCGUAUCCAUGAUCAGAUGAUAAUGCUAGAAGGCGCUAAAGCCACAACAGAAACUGUUGAUGCUUUGAGAACUGGAGCUGCUACUAUGAAAGCCAUGCAGAAGGCUACGAAUAUUGAUGAUGUGGACAAAACAAUGGAUGAGAUUAAUGAGCAGACUGAGAAUAUGAAACAGAUUCAGGAAGCGCUGUCUGCUCCACUUGGAGCAGCAGCCGAUUUUGAUGAGGAUGAAUUGGAGGCUGAACUUGAAGAGCUAGAAGAAGCUGAGUUGGAGGGACAACUUCUUCAACCUGCUACGACCGCACCUGCUGCACCAAUUCAUGCACAAGCAGCUAGUGGUAGGCAACCGGAACAUCGUCCUCUCCGGAAGAACACUGCUGAGGAAGAUGAAAUUGCUGCUUUGCAGGCUGAGAUGGCUCUUUAGAAAAAGGUCAUUUCUGGUUUCCUUUCAAUUACAAUGUCGAUGUAAUUGGCGUAUUGAAACUUGAAAGCUUCCUUUUAUUGGAGCAUGAAUUGCCUCUUAAAUAUCGGGUCUAAUUUGUGAUCGCAAAUGACGGCAAUUAUGAACACUUAGCUGUUGUUUGGUAAGGAGAGAAAACGAUAGGGAAAAAUAGAGGGGAAAUAAAUAGUGUGAUUAAUGCGGAGGUUUUAUUGUUUGGUGAGAAAUGAAAAUGGUGGAUCAACCUCUAUUUCUUGAUCUUAUUCGAGAGGAGUAUGAUAUGAACUCCUCAAUUUUUUCAAUCUUCUCCAUUUCUCUUGCACCAAGGAAACAUGUAAAUGUACACUAUUUCUCUCCAUCUUUUUCUCACCUAAUUAUGUGUUCUCUAUUUCCCCCGAAACCAAGCAGGUUGUGUUUUAAGCCUCAAAACAAGGUGACAAGCCCAUAAGAACAAUUAGUGAGAUGGACUAUUCCAUAACGUACCCAAAGAAACUCUAUAAAAAAUAUUCCGCUAUUGCUGCUGUAUAUAUGUUUCUUAUGUCUCUUCAUCAUAGGGGUUUUGGGGUCAUAGCAGCAGCAGUCUCUAGUAGUUCGUGCAAUGUUGAUCAAUUACCCUGGUCUCCUCAUUGGCACAUAAAAGUCAUUUUCUUUUGUAGGACUUCGUGAGAGAUUGGAUGGAUGGAAAGCACAGUUUGGUGUAUCUCUGCUCUCUUCGUUUGAGAUUUAAUUAAUGAUGUGCAUUUGCAGAAUAACUGUACUAAUGCGUGUACUAUAACUGUGUAUAGAUUGCAUCGAACAUUCUCUAUUUCCAAAUACUGGAGUUCUGCAAAAACUGUGGCUAGUCAUCUAUAGCUGUUGGAACGUAAAUUUAAGUUUGUGCACACAUAUAAAAGCCUCCACUUUAUAAUAACUUGUAAUUUUUAAAAAAAAUAUCACCUUAUGAUUUGCUUUUCUGUGCCCGUGCACGUGUAUGCAUAUACAACUAUAAUACAAGUGAAAAGAAUUCACUUUUGCUUGGCCUUAAAUCCACAUAUACAGGCGUACCUUAUCUUGGGCUCUUGGCCUUAUGCGAGAA